UCUACUCUCUUUCUCGCCAUAGCUUCUUGUAGUUUCUCUUUAUUCUUCUUUCUCUCUGUUUUUUCUUUUUUAUACGUAUUUGAUUUUCAGAUAUUCUAACAGUCAAAAAUCAAAAAGGAAAAUUAAUACGAUUUUCCCGAUCAAAACAAGGCAGAGAACACGACUAAUUUUUGUUCACAAAUUUCUGCAGCAAAAUGUGGAAUCUUUGAAUGUUACUGAAGGAUAUUUAGAAAAUGAAGUUCAUGAGAUGCAAAAACUUAGACCAAAAUGACAUCUGAUGACAUGCCUGACAAGAAAGAUAUUCGCGCAGCAAAUAUUCUGUUACAGAUGGCGAAAGUGAAAGGCUGUUUUGCAAAGGAGUUCCCAUCUCGUCAUGUUAAACAUGGAGUGGUUAAAUUAUCAACUAACAGAUUAACUAAAAACACCCAGAAAGGUGGCUGCCGAUUCGGAACAGACAAGCUGAUGAAGAUAGAAAAUGCGAAAACAUUAGACUUGCAAUCUGCAAGAGCUACUAUUGUAGAGAGAAAAAGUAGAAAGAGGACAUUCCAUUCACGUGAAACGUCAGAACAUCUUAAUUUAACAAGUAGAUCAUGCACAAGAAAUCUGCAGAAAGCUAAGGAAAUGAAGGAUGAGACAGGUGCUUUCAGGGACCGGAUAAAUCCUAGUAUUAAACCACCAAAGAAGCUGCAGUCAACUUGUAUUGUCCCCACUAUCCCUGAUACAUCCUCAUUUUCCAUUAUACAUCUUCUCUAUGCUGUCCGAAUUGCUUUAAUUACACCACUUGGAAAAAACAAUAGCCUCAUUUUUGGCAAGUAUGUUGAAACCAACAAGAAGAAACAAAGAAAGCAUUCUGAAGGUGUCAGUUGGAUUGAGAAGCGUGGUGGAUGUUUCUCUGGAUUGAAAGGAUUUGUCCGGAAGAACUUACCUUCUCUUGCUACACCUGAAAUUGUGGAGCGUGUGAGAUUGAAUACUCGUGACUUUCGUAUUCUUGAAGCCAAGGAGCCACUUCAGGAUUUAGUCAAUGGAGUUCUCAAAGUGUUCUCAUCAAGAACAGUAUCAAUCGGAGCAAAAUCACAAAAGGCACUUGUAGUUUAUGAAAGGCAUAGCAAAAGUUGGUCAUGGAUUGGUCCACUCCCUUCCUCUGUACUGCAUAUUGACCAUAUUGAGGAAGAAACAUCUCCUCAGGCUUGGGGUCUUCCACGCAAAACUCUCGUGAAACUGGUUGAUUCGUUUGCUUACUGGUUGAAAGAAGGGCAAGAGAUGCAACUAAGAAUUGGUAGUCUUCCGAAACCACCACAGGAAUUGAUGCAACAUAUCAACUUUAGUGAAAGGUUACGGGAAUCGAGAGCUGUGAAAAGUCUUAGGACCAUAAGUCCCAGCUGUGAGGAAGUAAGAGCUUAUUUCCGUCGAGAAGAAACUCUAAGGUACACAGUACCUGACAGGGCUUUCUCAUAUACAGCCCUUGAUGGUCAGAGGUCUGUCGUUGCACCUCUGAAAAGUUGUAGCGGAAAACCACCAACAAAGGUUCGUGAUCACCAUAUUCUUAAGCACAAUCGACCACCUCAUUUUACUGUCCUUUGUUUGGUAAGAGAUGCAGCUGCUAGAUUGCCUGGAGGCGUUGGAACCAGAGCUGAUAUAUGUGUUUUGGUAAGGGACUCUCAGUUCAUUGUUGAGGACAUCUCAGAUUUGCAAGUUAACCAAGUUGUUAGUGGAGCUUUGGACCGUUUGCACUAUGAAAAUGAUCCGUGUGUAAACUUUGAGAAGAAAUGGCGUCUAUGGGCCUAUUUACAUCGUGAUCGACAAGAAGAAGAUUUUGAAUAUGAUUCUACAUGUCCUAUGAAGAGAAGGAAGAGGGCUAAGAAAAUGGACUCUGAAGUUUAAUUGAAGUGCCGAAAGUGUUUCAGAAAGUGCCAAGUUCAACCAAUAUAUUCUUGUCUUUGUUGGAAGUGGUUCAUCGGCCUUUUUCAGGAAGAUAGUUAAUGUAGGGUAACAUAUUUCAAGAUUUCUGAGAUCCUGUAAAUUAAAGAUCAAAGUUUUUCAGCUGUAAUGGAUUGAAUGCUCACAUCUCCUAUUUAUAUGCUUGAGCCAAAUAAUGUUUUUGUA